GGGCCUCAAAACACUGAGGUAUCUUGCUACGGGCAAAAUGCAGCAGUGUAGCAGCGACGACUUGGGGCCUUCACAACAGACCGUCAGCAGGGUCACCCGGGAGACUGUGUACGCCCUUGCACAGCCUCAUAUAGUGAGACGCUUCAUCAAGUUCCCCCUCACUGUGCAAGAAACUCAGGUGAAGCGGCGAGAGUUUGAGGAAAUUGCGGGAUUUCCUGGUGUGGUAGGGGCAGUAGACGGAACACAUGUGAGGAUUGUUGCACCCAAGGAAUUUGAGGCAGAGUAUGUGAACAGAAAAGGGCACCACUCUAUAAAUGUGCAAAUCGUAUGUGACACACACGGGAGAAUUUUACACCAAACUGCAAACUGGCCCGGGUCUGUCCAUGACGCACGUAUUUUGCGUGAAAGUGCUCUGUUCACAGGGUUCGAGAGGGGUAUGGUCCCUGCAGGAUGCCACUUAUUGGGAGACAGUGCCUACCCCUCCAAGAAGUGGCUCCUGACACCCUAUGUACGACCUCAGCCGGGCCCACAGUCCGCCUAUAAUAGAGCACACAAAAGGACAAGGAGCACAGUGGAGAGGGGGAUUGGCCAGUGGAAGCGGAGAUUUCAUGUGCUCCAUGGUGAAAUCAGAGUCAGCCCUCCUGCAUAUGUGUGUAGAAUAAUACAGGUGUGUGCUAUUUUGCACAACAUCUGCAAAGACAGACGCCUCCCUGUACCCGAGGAAGGAGAGGACGAGGGUGAUGGUGCAGUUUUCCAUGAGGACCCACCUGUCCCACUACCACCUGUACCUGGACGAGUUCGGGAAGGUCUGCUCUACAGGGAUGAGUUUGUCAACCUUCACUUCAUUGACAGACCUCAACCUCAGCCUCGUGCAGCUGUAUGAGGCUUCCCGACCCAUCAACAGGUUAAUUCCACACCUACUUCCAACUCUGCAGCCUGCAGUUCAAGUUCCCUCUUCAGGCGGAUGAACUGCAGCUCCUCCUCAUCCACCAACAUGGUGCAGGUCCCAACUGGUGUACUGGAGGAAGCUGCAGCGGCAGGAACUACUGGUGGUGGUGUGGUGGUGGUUUGAGGUGUGUCUGUGCUGGGUUGGGGAGGGACAGGUGGUGUGACAUCCACCUGAAGACUCCUGGCAAAAAUACAUCCAUCAGUACCUGCACUCAUAAUUUUCUUGUGUUAUUUGACUUACAUCCCCAUUUAUGGAAACAAUACAGUUUAGGUUGAAAAGCCUUUGCAGGAAAGGAGUGUGUUCCAGAGGUCAUUUCUUUGGUGUUCUGCUGUUCAGUACGUAAUGCCUACGUCGUUAAGGACAACUAGCAUGGUUCAUGAGUAAGCAGACCUGACCGAGGUCAGACGUGGGUCACGGCGCUCCGAAUGGAGUAGCCCGGGGCCAGCCUGUUGGCCUCUCCCCUGCCCCUCCAUCCCCCUCUCCCUUUUCAUCAAAAACCCAACAUCGUAAGAAACUAUUGUGACAUCAAGCUUAAUCAUGGUGACAGACAGUG